AUGGUGGAGAACGGAGGCUCCAGUGGUGGUAGUGAGAGUCCGAAUGCUACAUGUGUACGAUCAGGAUUACUAGAAACAUUGGUGAGGGGUGUGUGGUAUCGCGUACACUGUUCACUUGAAGAUGAUUAUCUUAGCGUUUGUUUGGAUGAUGGUUAUGAUGCAACCACGACUCUAAAUGGUACUUUAAACAACAACAAUGUAGAAACACCUAACAGCGACUUUACAGAGGUACCUGAAGCCAUUGCCAACCAAAAGCGAGUUGUACAGGUUGUGAAAUCGGACAACAAUGGUCUAGGUAUAUCCAUAAAGGGAGGCAUUGAAAACAACAUGCCUAUUUUAAUUUCAAAAAUAUUCAAAGGUAUGGCAGCUGAUCUUACAGAGCAACUUUAUGUUGGAGAUGCCAUAUUGUCUGUAAAUGGGGAAGACUUAAAGGAUGCAACACAUGAGGAAGCAGUAAAAGCUUUGAAAAGGGCUGGUAAAAUGGUACAACUUGAAGUGAAAUAUCUGCGAGAAGUGACUCCAUACUUCCGAAAGGCAUCAAUAAUAAGUGAAGUUGGCUGGGAGUUGCAAAGAGGGUAUAUGAUGGAAGCACCACCUUCACCGCCUUCCCCACGACGUCGUCGUGCAGACACACGAUAUGUGCCAUUGCUUAUGGCAUGUGUUGCCAGAAACUUGCGCCACCAUGAUCCUGAGGAGCGCACGAUUGAGAUCUACUCUCCAGAUGGAGUGCAUGCGUUAGCCUUGCGAGCCCCUUGUAAUAAUACGGCUGCGGGUUGGCACCGAUCUUUGCAUGCGGCCGCCAGACGAGCGUGCAGAGCGGCACUGGCGCGUGCUAGGCCUCGGCUUCGUCCCGUGAUUGGUGACGUCAGAUAUGCCGGAUGGCUGGCACGGCGACCACCUCAAGAACAUAUCGGUGCAUCAGCUGGCUCGGAUGAGUCCGAUGAGGCUGAAGGUUGGCAGCCAACGUUUGUAGCAAUCACAGAUCGCGAGUUAAGACUCUACGAAGCGGCGCCCUGGUCAGCGGAGGCGUGGUGUGCACCAAGCGAGUGUUUUGGCCUCGCUGCCACUAGGUUGGCUUGGUGGAGGCGGGGCGGAGCUGGGGCUGCUGCUCUAGGAGUGCGUGCAGGCACGGCGGCUGGACUGAUAGUACGGUCGUUGCGAGCUGAUACCCCUCAUGACCUCGCCGCAGUCGCCGGAGCACUAGUGGACGGUGCCCAUCACGCUGUCAGGGAGCAACCUGAAUUCACCUUCCGUUGCCGCUAUAGAGGCGCGUGCGCAAGGUUGUCUUUGGGCACAGGCGGGGUUUGUGUGUGGGAGGCGGCGGGGUCGUUGGGUCGUGGCGGAGCGCGCGCCCUCUAUCGCCGACCGCUGCAUGCGCUAAGAGCUUCGGCGGAUGACGACCGUGCUGCUCUAUGGCUACACUUCGCAGAUGAUGACACUUUGGAGCUGGAUAUGGAAGGCAGCCCGAAGCCCGCUGUAUUCAUUCUCCACAAUCUUCUGUCAGCGCGAGUCCACUCUCUCCCCGGAGAAACGUCCAAUCAGCCACUAUAA